UCACACUGUCUGAAACGCGAAAAGGUGCGGGGGCGCGGAAUCUGCGCUCGCAAAGUUAAUAUUUUUAUUAAAAAUAAAACCGUGCAAUGUGAUACAGUUUCGCCUGCGUGCGGCCGCGAAAAGCGCUCAAUGAUAAAUGCCAGUUGCAACAGUAGCAGCCACCAAAAGUGAAAGUAUUUGCAUACCGAACGGAGUGGGUCACUAAGGAAGAAGAGGAAGGAGAAGCUAGGCAGACAAACAGCGAAACGAAGCGGAAGCGAGGAGAAAAUCGGAAAUAAAGUGCAUUAGAAAUAGGUUAAAAAUCACUGCUCAACGGUCAAUUUGAAUUAGUUAAUAACUCCCGCCAGUGCAAUUUAUAUAUGUGACGAAAAUUAGUGUUUUGCCGAGCAGAGAGUGGGCGAGUGAGAGCGAGAAAGAGCGAGAAUGGGCACAACUAAAGAGCAACAAAAUGAAGGCGACGCCGCAGCAGCAGAGGCGGCCGUGGGCGCCACCCACACAACACCAACGCAACAUCAGAGGAAGGAGACAGAAGAAGAAGAAGAGAAGACGCUUCCCACACCGCCAGUGGUAGCCUCAACCAUGGCCACAAAUGCCGCCAAAAAGAUACGCCGAGCCUUCUCCAUGCCACGCAAUCCGUUUCGCUGGUCGCGUAAAUUUAAGACAGCAGCCGCAGCGGCAGCAAUAGCAAGCGACGCAGAGUCUGGAGCCGGCAAGGAUAAUGCAGGGGAGCGUCGAGGCAGCCAUACGGCUAUUUCGUCCUGCGUAAGCGGCGGACGGGGACGCAGCGGCAGCAUUAUUUCUCUGAGCAGCUACGAGGCGGCGCCUGGAGACGCCGCAGCCACCACCACCACCACCAAUACAUAUGCCAAUAGUAACAGCAACCACACCAAUAACAGUACCAGUAACAGCAAUAAGCGGGCACGUGUUCUGCGCCGUUCGUCCUUCAAGAAAUUUCUGAAUCGCAUUGCUCAGCAUCUGAGCGCAACGGUGAAUGUUGGAUCGGAGGAGCAGAGCUCUGCUGCCGCCAGUCGGGUAAACUUGAUAGACAUCGUUCCCUUCUACACCGGAUGCUGGCGCAGAAAAGAGGCGAAUAAACACCGGCAAACGAAUGGAUUGGGAUCGGCGAGCAGCGGCGGAGGAGGAGAUCGAGUGCCUCCCAUUGGAGGCUAUCAGUGGCCGCCGGAUCAGACGCCAGGAGUGAUGGGGCUGAAGAAUCAUGGCAACACCUGCUUCAUGAACGCCGUGCUGCAGUGCCUCAGCCACACGGACAUUCUAGCCGAGUAUUUCGUUUUGGACCAGUACAAGGCUGAUCUUAAGCGCCGCAAUAAGAUCAAUUCGCGAAAGUUCGGCACCAAGGGAGAGCUCACCGAGCAGCUGGCCAAUGUGCUGAAGGCCCUAUGGACAUGCCGCAACGAGAGCGACCACAGCACGGGCUUCAAGGCGGUGGUGGAUCGGUACGGGACGCAGUUUCGCAGCUCCACGCAGCACGAUGCACAGGAGUUCCUUUUCUGGCUGCUGGACAAGGUGCACGAGGACCUCAAUACGGCCAGUAAGCGACGCUACAAAAGCAUCAAGAACUCCUAUGGCCGGUCGGAUGAGAUCAUUGCCGCCGAGACACUGGCGAAUCACAUACGGUGCAACAAUAGCUUCGUGCAGGCCGUGUUCCAGGCCCAGUUCCGAUCCUCGCUGACGUGUCCGCGCUGCAAGAAGCAGUCAAACACUUUCGAUCCCUUCCAUUGCAUUUCCGUGCAGCUGCCGCAGCUCACACAGCAGACGAUCUUCGUUACGGUGGUGUACAUGAAGCAGCAGCCGCGACAGAUCAAAAUGGGGCUGAGAGUGCCGGCCGGAUCGCCGAUUGUGGCCCUGCGGGAGCAGCUGCAGACGGACACGGGCAUUGCGGGGUCGCGCAUGGUGCUGGUGGACCUCAAUGCCGAGGGAUUCACGCGCGUCUUCUACGACACUCAGCCCGUGGAGACGCUCAGCAGCAUCGAGAGCAUCUACUGCAUCGAGGUGCCGGAAGCCCAGGCAAAGAUCGGCGCCACCCCAAAGGCCGCUCCCUCCCCAUCGGCUCCCGAAGCGGCAGAAAAGAUCGCCUCUGCCCCAGCACCUGCAGCCGCCCCACAGGCAGAUCUGCUCCUUCUAGUGGCCAACGUGUACAAAGCAAAGGACGGGAAAGACAUGACCCGCUUCGGGGCCCCGUUUAGUAUGAAAGCCCCGCGCGACUGCUCCUACCAGGAUCUACAGAAGCGGAUGCUGCGCGAGAUGUCGCCGCUGCUCAAGCCGGAGGUCUUCUCCUACACAACGCCCCUGGCGGACAUGUUCCGCAUCCGGCUGCAGGACCCCUCCGCCGACCCCGACACCUACCUGGAACAGGUGGAGCAUCCGCUGCUCACCGAAAUGAUCGACAUGGCCCUCUCAGUGCUCGCCUCGGAGGCGGGGCCACCGCACAUCAAGCUCCUGCUGGAGUGGAACUCGCCCGAGGAUCACUUUCUCGCCCGCCAGCAGGAGACCGAUGAUGAGGCCGUCGUUGAGCACGAGAGCGUGGCACGGCUAAGCGCCAGCAAGGCCAAAGAUACCGCCGCCCUAACGCUGGAGCAGUGCCUGGAGCACUACACCAAGGCGGAGACGCUCAGUGCUGAGGACGCCUGGCGCUGUCCCCACUGCCAGCAGUAUCUGCCCGUGGUGAAGACCCUGGGCCUGUGGUCACUGCCCGACAUCCUGGUGGUCCACUUCAAGCGCUUCCGCCAGCACCAGUCGAAGGGUCCGCAGGCGGCAAAGCUCACCACGAUGGUCAAGUUUCCGCUGACCGCCUUCGACAUGUCACCCCACCUUGCCAAGGGUGUCCACGAGAGCGCCACCAGCAGCUCCCUGGGAAUCCUAGAUGGCGGCGGUCGCGGCUCGAAUCUGUGGAAGCGAGCGCGAUCCGGCGACUCGCGCUCUUCCACCCUUAACUCUCGCUGCGACCCCAAGGACACGCGGUACGAUCUGUACGCCGUUUGCUACCACCAGGGCGAUACUUUGGAGACGGGCCACUAUACGGCAGCCUGCAAGAACCCAUACGACCGGCAGUGGUACAAGUUCGAUGACCAGCGCGUGAGCAAGGUGCCCGAAGAUGAUAUCGAACAGGACAUCAUCAACAACGAGGCCUAUAUGCUUUUCUACCAGCGACGCAGCGUAGAUGCCGGAGAGUGCUCCGGCUCCAGUUCUAACUCUGGGGAUCACUGGGUCUCCCGCAUUGCUCCAGCCCCAGCUUCGGCAACCUCUUCACCGGCCGACUCAACAUCUGGCAAGGAGAACGACGGAGCUAUUAAGGCGGAGGCGGGCUCCAGCGAAGUGGCCGAAAGUGGACCAGCCGCGGAGAAGGCCCAGUCCAAGCCCGUGAAUAUUCCACUUGUGAAUGAAGAAGUUGCUCCAGAAACCACAGAAGCUGUGGCCCAAGAAGAACCCAAAGUCGCCGCCAACGAACUCGCAGCCCUCCCACUCAACAUUGAGGAGCUGGACUUCGCCGAUGCCGAUGCGGAUGUCAGUUUGAGUGAAGAUGCCAAAAAUGAGAGGAUAGAAGCUCCAGCAGAGCAAAGCCAAACAACUGCAGCUGCAGCACCCAAAGCUGCAGCGGCUAUUGAGGAAGUCACGCACAUUUUUUCCAUGGACGAGGAGCAGAAAGAAGAACCGGUGGAAGUGACAAAGGUCAUCAGCAGGAGCGAAAUACUACCCGAGAGUCUGCCCACCGCUGAAGUGGUUCGGACCAAUGGCCAUGUGAGCCCCUCCUCUAGCUCGGCUUCGUCGGAGAGCUCGCUCUCGUCGCGUUCCUCGCCACGUUCGCUUACCACCUCCGUGGCAGCGGCAUCCACGCUGCAAAACAAACUCAACGGCCACAUGAAUACCGCAUGCUCGAGCAAGUUCAAUGGGAAUGGGAAUGCGAAUGCGAAUGCCACACACCCGCAGCUAUCGUCUAGCCUGCAGCUUACGCGGCAGGUGCUGAGCAACCACAACUGGCAUGGAUCCCGGAGCAGUGUCUCGGCUGUGGAGAAUGCCACACACCAGCAGCAAAAGCAGCAGGCGGCGGCGGCAGCUAGCCUCAGUCUGCGGCACUCCUUCUCCACCAGCUCCAACUACAAGCUGCGCGAGUGCACCGAGACGCUGUCCUCGCUGCUGCGCAACUCAACCAACACCUGCAGCAAGGACACACUGCUGUUUAUUGAUCAGCAGAGCCAUCACCACACAGCGGGCCUCAUCGAGGACGACGAUGAUUCGUAUAUGGGACGGUCCUUGUGGAUAUCCCCAGUGACGCCACACAAACUUAUUACUGUUUCGCCCAAGAAUUAGGUUGCGAUAUCGGGCUAUCUACAACACAGAACACACACAAAACACAAGCAGGAAACAGGACGCAGAACACGGACACAUACACAAAAACGCACUAUAGAUUUAAGCCUAAAGUUUACUUUAUAUUGAUAUUUUUACCGUUUAAGAACGAUCGAUAAGCAUUACGAGGACGUUAUACAACACGGUUUACUUUAGUAGGAUAUACAUAAUACGAUUGCUGCAAUAUGGCAUUAAGUGGAAAAGUUGAGAUGAAAACUUCUCUACGAAUUCAUUAAGAUUAAGGUUAUUUAUUCUGAUUUGAUGGCACUUUCUAAAGCCAACGACGAGAAGGACUCUUGUUCACAUUUUACCAAUUGACAUUGCAUUAUAUUCUGUAUAACUAUAAUAUUAGUGACUAGGCCAAACAGUGAAGUACAAUUUCGUUUCGAUUCGGUUUAGUUCACCCCACACCUCCCCCCGCUUAUAAGUACUAGCUUCUCUGUAUAGAUAGUUCUCCUCCAUCCCCUUCCGGAUAUGUAUCGAUGAAGUGCUUGGCAUUUUCAAUUAGGUUUAGUUCUCUUUUUCACGCGAAACCAAGUUUCAAACUACAAUUCUGUAUGCAUAGCUACUAUAUAGAUCUAGCUGUAAAAAUAUACCUUCACCUUGGGGGGGGGGACUACCUUGCACACUUUGAUUUGCCAUUUACCAAACGAUUUGCCUAAAACUUGUAAGAUUUGAGCACACAUAAAAGCAAACCGCUCUGGCACAGCGGUCUAAAUAUAUGUAUGUAUUUUUUUCGAUUCACAUUGGUUCUAUAUACCAGAUAUUAAUAUAGAUUGUAUACUGAAACAUAUUACUUUAUAAAUAGGUGUAUUGUAAAUGUAGAAAGCUACACCAAAACAUUAUAUUGAUAACAGUUUAAAGACUCUAUGGCAUUGUUUUUGCAAAAUGUUUAUUACAUAUACGUACUCUAUAUAUACAUUAUAUAUAAAUUAUACAUACACCACACAUCCAUGUAUACACGGAACGGAGGAAAAGGAUCGGGUCGGAGACUAUGGAAAGAUGGAAGGAAAUAGAAAAGAAGAAGGAACUUUAUUACGAUGUGUAAUGUUCAUUGAAUUCAUAAAUAAACGUGAAAUUGUUGGAAAUAA